GACUGGCAUGCCGACUCGUAUUGGCGCAAUCGACGCCUCUCACCAGCGCAGCUCCAGAUCCACGACAUCCGCCUUGAGACAUGGAGACACGAUGUGGGCGCCAUGCUGGAGAUGGGUGAGGUGCUAUCCUCAACAUUGCUGCCAGACUUGGAACAAAGAGACAUUCUUGCCACCACCAUACCUUUUGAGGAAUUGACGAAGAACCGCAACGAGCAAAAUCGUCUCCGAUCGCUAGCGGCCGAAUUUGGCUGGAUGGGGUGUUUAAGAAGCAAUAAAUUCCAGGAGACGGUCUUCGACUCGCAAGACCUGAGGAAAUGCCGCUGGAUACACAUAUCGAGCAAGUUCUCCGACUAUCUCUCAGGGUGUCUUCUUGCCCUCUCAGACUGGAGCAAGGAUCCAAGCAAAAUCGUGGCUGCAUUGCAUCAGUUGGAACACUGCAUCCACCAGCAAGAGCGGUUUUCGAAGCACGGGAGAUACUUCGCGCCGUUCUUCCAACGUUUGAGUGAUGAAUAUGGCGACGAGAAAGACGAGGACGGCCCGAUGCUACUCAGCGUUCCGUUUUUAGAUUGGACCGUUGAAGGGGAGCCGCCUCCAUUGAGAUUUCAAGUAGACCCGAGAGAAGGCUACCAAUCAUCGAGGAGUUCGUCGCAUCUGCUGCGAUCGAUUCUGCAGCAUUUCUAUCGCCUUGAGGACACUACCGAUCGCGAGUCGCAGCAGGUGUUCACGAAGCACAAGCCUUGGCUCACCGAUCGCAAUCUGGAUCUCAAGGUGCGAAGAUGGUACGGUCACUAUCCGACUUCCCUAAACGUUGAUGAGUUGUGGAUCCUUGUCAUCGAUGCUCGUCAUGUAGUCACCUUCUCGAGUAAUCAGUCAUGGAAAUCGCGCUGGCCACCGCUGCAGCUUUCUUCGAGGAUCAUGGAGGUGAGUUUUCGGGGUAUACGGAACGCCUACCUCAAUACCUCUAAUGAACAAGACUAUACCUCAUCAACGCACAUCAUCGCUUCACUCAGUGGGGCAUUAGGCAUGCUCCAUCGGAGUUUUUGGACGGACAUUACCCUUUGUCUAUCAGAUAGAUACGCUAGCUACCUAGGUCACCUCCAAUAUCGUCUUCACAGGAGUCCAAGCACCAAGCUUGUCAUGGACCUGCUGCAAGUUCAGGAAGAACUCAACAUUAUCAUUUCGAUCAUGGAGCAGCAGAUGGAGUUAGUCACCAGUCUGCAAAGUACUCUCAACCCAAGAAGCAACAGAGGUCUUUCGCAUGCUUCCUCGCGGCCUUUCCCCAAAAGCAACGCGAGCACAAUACCACAUGCAGAUAUCGCAACUUACCGUCAGGUCUCCUUCUCGCACCUGUCAGACCCAGCAGCCCAGCUUCUCGACAACCUGCAACGCGAAUACGCCGACCUGGUCGAUCUGCGCGAGAACAGCAAUGCCCUCAUCAAUCGCACCAUCCAGCUCGUCAACAUCCGCCUCGAAGAUCACGGCAAAGCAAUUCUCGUCUUCACCAUCGUCACCAUCAUCUUCCUCCCUCUAUCCUUCAUAUCGUCCUUCUUCGGAAUGAACUUCUCCGACAUCAGGGACAUGGACCGUACGCAGGGAUUGUUUUGGAUUGUUGCAUGCAGCUUGACCGUUGCUACUUUGGCAUUCAGUUUAUUCCUGGCUUUCUACGGUGGGGCUAUUAUGGAUGCGCUCGUAACGUGGAAGGAUCAUCGC